CUCUACCGAACCCACUGAUGGUUAAUGGCGCUGUCGAAGUGAAGUUUGGUUUUUGUGCUUGCCGUGCUUUUGUUUCGAUUAUUAUAGUGAAUUUCGUCCGUAAAUUGAUAAAACUGUUGACAAUAUAUACGCCAUGGAGAAUCCGGAGGAAGUCCUGCAGCUUCUGGAACGGUUCACUAAGCUGAAGCAGAAGGAGAUCCCCCGUGAACUGGAUGAUUACCUCGGCUUUGUUGCUCGUACCGGAGACACCGUCUAUCGCUGGGCCGUGGUGAAGCAACUCAUCCGGACCAAACUGAUGCAUGUGAUAACGGAUUUCUACGAUAACACGCCGAGCAUUGCCGAUUUACCGCAAUGUCCCAAUGUUGACCCAUUUAACUAUGAACAGAUGAGAAGGAUGCUUAUUGAUCGAUUGGAUUCAUUUAACUCGGCACCAUUUACGGUACAACGAAUCUGCGAGCUAAUUACGGAACCGCGAAAACAGUACACAAGAAUUGACAAGUUUAUGAGAGCCGUUGAGAAAAAUAUUUUGGUGGUCAGCACACAGGAGCCCGGUAGAAGACGCUACGAUAGUGAGAAUGGUGAUUCUUUGGAUUCUAUCGUCAAUGGCGAUUUGGAGGUAAACGUCGACAUUGAGAUGGACAACGAAGCCUUCGGUAUUGACUCCAGUGAAAUGGGCUCAAAUUCUACAACAUCUUCGUCUUCAUCUUUGUCGUCAGCAGCAGCAUCGUCGUCGUCAACAUCCUCAUCAUCAACGACUACAACUUCAAAGACUUCUGAGGCGGAAAUACCACCGGAAGAAAGUAUGGUGGUUUCAACUGCACCAUCGGAUGUUCAGGAAACGGAAAAAAGCCCGGACGAAUCUGUCGAAAUCGCAGCAAUUGGUUCGAGUACCAAUGGAGAAUCAAUCGUUGAUAGUGAUCCGAAAAUAGCUGAACCUACUCUUGUUUCCACGACUGACGAGAACGAUGUAUCGAAUGACAAAGCCACUCCUAACUUAGAGGAAGCCGCUCCCCUCAAAGACGAUACUGAAGAGAAGGAAGAAAAUGUUUCUCAGUCUGAUGAUAAAAUUGAACCCGUUAUUCCUGAAAUCGUUGCAGAACCGGACACUGUGAAUUCUGCAGCAUUGAUCGAAAACCAGGAAACGGAUUUGAGCGAAUCGACGGAGAACGGGUCAGCUAACGACCUCCAGCCAGCACUAGAAUCUUCUGUUACAAAUGAUGUUCAAAAAGAGGAAUCAACAGAUGUACGCACAAGUGUCACUGCCGCCGCUAUUAUAAGAAACAACUCGGUGGAGGAAUCGGUUGAUGAUGGACAACCGCAGGCGAAAAUGGCUAAACUUUCAAAUGAGAAACUAGAGGAUAAAACAGUAGAACUUGCAGAGAUUUCAUCGUCCGUUACUUCAGAAGUCAUGGUAGAACAGGCAAAGUAUAAGGUCUCCGAAUCAACAACAAAUCCGGAAGAAAGCAGCACCAGUGUUGAUUCAGAGUCAUCAUCUACCAUCUCGAAUAGUUCCAACCAACAUCUGACUGUCACCGCGGAAUGUUCACCAGUAGCAGCAGCCGCUGAAGAGCCUCAAUCGGCUAAAGAUGAAGUCGGACCAACUGUAAGUGAAAUUACGAGCGUUGUUGAACCUCAGACUGAACUGAUCUCUGAAAUCCGUGCCCACGAAGAACUACCGACCGAAUCAUGUGUUCUGUCUUCGGAUACUGUCACGUUGAAACCGUUGACCGUGGAACUGGAACCGGCCGUUACUGUCGCUGCGGAUGAAAUGGAAACCGUCAGCUCUACGGUAGUCCCAGAGAAUGAGAUGGCCACCGACGAGGAGGAAGCAACUUCCAAACCGGUCGAUGCGGUAGUUCCCAUGGCGGCGGAUAUCCUCGAAACUGCUAAACCCGACGACAACGCCAUGGAUGUGGACGAGUCCAGUGUGGAACCAAUGGACCAAUAGACGGUUAGCUUUAGACAGAGAAUUUGCACUCCCAUUAGGUGUUAGUAAUGCUAUAACAUUGUUUUGUUUUAAUUUGCCUACUGCAGCUAAUCGAAGAGCCGAAAACGUAAAACAACCUGCUGUAAUUAUUUUACUAAAAGUACGUGUUUAAGUAUAAUAAAUGCCAGUCCCCGGUGGUACAACUUA